AUGGGCACCUUCCAUCAAUUUAUACAUCUUCCAUACGACAUAAGAUACAACAUUUAUAUCCUAGCCACGCCCCGACGCGUGGUCCGUGUUGAGGAGCGGCUUUUGAAUCCCACAGAAAAGCAACCCUCGUACGAAACCCACGACAGCUAUUUCGACUAUGCAUAUGAAAGCUUCUGUAAAGAACUAGGAAAUGGCUCGCAGAACUUCAAUCUUAAAUUGCACCCCGACAUAGCUCACUUCGCGCACAAUUGGCGGAAUCAGCUCACCUGGCCAUCGACACAGCGGUCUCUGGAUGCAUAUGGCUUCACCUCUAGUCGGCCGGCCUAUGAGCCUUGGGAGCCGUCGAGGGACACACCGCAUAUUCCAACCGAGUGGCUCAUCGACUCUCCGGAACUUGAAUUCGUAUUGACCCGCAACUGCUAUUUGUUCAGCUAUGCGGAGAUCCCGGUAUUCUUACACGUCUGUGUUGAGUCGCGACAAGCACUUAUGGAAUGGGGUUAUCGGCUGUUCUUUUCGACGCGCACAGCUGGACCCCGCACCUGGUUCAAUCCAAGGAGAGAUCGAUUAUACAUUCCCUUCAACCAAGAAGACUUCCCUCGACGAAAUAGCGAUGAAUAUGCAUCGUACGAACUACCACCGAUCCCUUACCCACGUAUCAAACUUACGUUGCUUUCGGGAUGCAAAUGGGAUAUCGGGAUCUACGGUGUGCAGGAUUUGAAAGAAAUCAGGAAAGUCAUCCUUGGAGCGCCUGGGAGGAUCGAGGAUGACACCCUUGCUCUUUACCUCAGGAGAAUUCUUCCACUUCUCUCCAAUGUCGAGGAACUAUUGCUCGAAGAUUGGUCGCUAGAUGACUUCGAUUUUUGGUUUGACAAUACCACCGGUGCACCGAUACUACCAUCUCCCGAUGCAGCCUCUGUUCGCUGUGUACCUGUUGAAGACAUCGAUGUCGUAGGGUCUGCCUUUUGGCCAAGCAACGGCCCAUACGAGGAAUGGAGAACGAAUUGUUACACAGGCACUCUUACCGACUAUUUUCGUCCCUUCAAGACCACUUCUUCCGAACCUUACCACGCAACGAAAGCCAAGGAAAUCCAGGCACGGCUUGUUGACUGGAAGUCCAAAUCCAAGACAGCCCAGAAGGCGGAGGUGCGGAUCCCUACCAUUCGUCAUGUCAACCUCGUCCCAGAGUCUUGUGUAGAACUCUACAUGAACAGCCGGCACGGCCUCUGGAAGGCCAUCAGUUCUCUUACGGACGACGAAAUACGAAAGCCAGAUUUCAGAAAGAGGUUCUCAAAGAUGAACGUGUUCCCGCUACCCUUCAACAUCCAAUGGCGCAGUGCUGGGGAGUACCGCCAGGGAUGGCUUGAAUUAUUGGAUGAUUUGCAGCGCCGUGCUGCAGGAAUAACGAAUCCGAUGCACGACGAAAAUCAAAUUCAGGCUUGGUACUUGAUGAAUCGGCUUCACAUCACAGAACCACUGUCUACUUUUCUAUAG